CCCCACAUCUAAACCCUUGGCUCUAAUAGUUUAGAGCCACUAACUGUGCUCCACACUAACAAUUCCUUAUAUAGCUCGGUUUCUUGCCUGAGCAGACUACAGUAUAAGAAUGCCAUGAUUGCAGGGAUGAAUUUAGGGCAGGGGAGUGGUUCAUGUCUAAUUUCUGUUGACUCAUGCUUUUAAUGAGAAUUGGGAUGUCAACAGUGUUGUGGAGAAUAGGUUUGGAAUGGUUCGUUAGUCUGUUGGUAUUAUUAAUGCACGUUGUUUUUUUGGCUUGGUCAUGUGUUGAAGAUUAGAUCACAUGAAGUAGCAUCUGUGUUUUGUCAUUCUCAGCCUGAGAGCUAAUGCACACAAAAGAACUCAGACCUGUUAUUAAAUGAUUUCAAAAUACUGUGAGAUAAUUUUUCCUGUUUGAUAGAGAGAAUUUUCUCUUUCAGCUCCUUGGUCACAGAGCAUGUGGUAAUCCUGUCACUGUUAGUCCUGAGAAGGCAAUCUUCAGGAAAGUUGGCUGCAACCUUAGGAUGCCCUGUGGUUUUGUCUGAAUCAGCAAAUUCUGGUUCUUUCAGACCUACAAUAUACAAGACAACAGGGAGCAGCAUAGCCUGGCAGGUUCCAGCGAUAGGUGCUCUCUGCUUCACCAACUUGGACUCCAUGGCUGCCACUGCUGCUGCUUGAUUCAUCGCGCUGUCCGGUAUCCCCCAGGUUUGAGGCUUUAGCAGUGUUCAUCUUUGCUGUACUACAGUUGGUUCCUGUAGCCUGUAGCUUCAUGGAGGGGUUUCCUGUCCACUGACCCAGUAGGCUGCCUUACUGGACCAGCAGCCAUGUCUGCCUGUAGUACCUUCACCGAACACGUGUGGAAACCAGGCGAGUGCAAGAACUGCUUUAAACCUAAAAGUCUGCACUGUCUGGCUCAGAGUAGUGGAGGGAAGCCUCCCUCUGAGCAGAGGCUGCCAACAACUCAGCAACAGAAUCCACCCCCUGCUGGGGCCAGAGCCAACCCUAACCUUACUAACAACUCCCAGAGGGCUGGCAGUGGGUCGGCCCGAUCAGGACACUUCCGUCCACCAGUGGCUAAGAAGCCAACCAUUGCUGUUAAGCCUACCAUGAUGCUGCCCUGCUCCUCUGCAGGACUAGAUUCAGGUGGCAACCUGCAGCGACCACCAAAUGUAAUAGAACAGGGCAAAACGUCUGCCUUCACCGUCUGGAAUCGCAAUGGACUGAACCGUAAGAGGCCUGGUGGGCCCAGCAAUAACAACGAAGGAGAGGAUGGCAGUGAGGAGAUUGAGGGUUAUGGACAACUUAUCCCAAGGACCCCUAGUGGAAAUAACAACAACAGUGGACUGACAGAUGUGCUAAAGGAGAUUGCUGGGUUAGGUCCUGGCACUAGCCCCACGCCCCUUUCAGGCUCCAAGGACAUGUUUUGGGGACGAAUCAGUAGCUCAUACCAACGGUCCUUGGAAAGAGGCCUUCCAGCCUCAAGCUGUCUGGCCAUGGGAAGCAGCAGUAGUGGUGGCAGUGGCACUGCUCAAAAACGGGUAUCACUUAGCGACAGCGCAGAGAUCAUCAGCACAGAGGGGGGUCGCUUUUGUUAUCCAGAGUUUUCCAGUGAGGGUGAAGAUGAUGAGGAAGAUGAGGAUGAGGAGGAAGAGACUGAAAGGGAUGAUGAUGAACAUGAGAGCUGGGAUGAAAGCGAUGAAGAGUUACUAGCCAUGGAGAUCCGUAUGCGAGGCCAACCGCGAUUUGCAAAUUUCCGUGCUGCCACAUUGUCUCCAGUGCCCUUUGCUGCAGGGAAAAAGUGGAAUACAGUGCCACUUCGCAACCGCUCACUACAGCGGAUUUGUGCAGUGGAUUAUGAUGAUAGCUAUGAUGAAAUCCUAAAUGGGUAUCCCUCCAUGGACUCCAGUGGAGGUCUUCUUCCGUAUGGGCCUCAUGAUAUGCAAGGCAGUGGUUUCCUGUCAAAUUCAGAGUCUACUACUUCUCCAGAAUCAUCAUCAUCACUACCAGAGGAUUCUCGAACAACUUCCAGCAGUGGGAGCAGUGCUGCCCCUGCUCUUCGAAAUGGCCUACAUUCUCCCACCUCACCUAAGGCACCUGUUCCCUGCACUUCUCCUCAACAAAAGGAGCCUGUCCACAGAGCACUGAGUCCACUCAAGGUGACUGAAACACACAAAGCUGUCCUGGCCAUUAGAUUAGAAGAUCAGGAUGGCAGAGAAGGCAUGCCAAUGCCCCAGGCUCUCCCAGGUCAGCCAGUCACUAUUAGUUUUAGUCCCACAGAGGAACAAGCAAAACCAUACCGUGUAGUGAAUUUGGAAAAAUCACUGAUCUGUAAGCCUUACACUGUAGUGGAUGUAUCAGCAUCCAUGGCUAAUAAAGAAGAACAAAUACCUGACUCUACUCCAAAACCCAAAAACCUGUCAAUGCCUUCCAGCCCUACAUCAUUCUGUCGCACUCCUUUAGGUCAGCCCCUGUCUCCAAUCUCCCCUAUCUCUCCAUCUUCUCCUGUGAUGCCAACAUCACCCACAUCUGUUGCUCUGUCGGGUACCCCCCGAAAGAAAUCAGGGAGCAUACGUUAUCAAGAAGUGUGGACAUCAAGCACAAGUCCCCGCCAAAAAAUACCCAAAGUGGAUCUGGGGGUUGGGAGCACUCCUUGCCCCUCCAUCCCUGCACAACACUGCAGCCACAAGUCAGCUCCCACUUCUCCCAUUGCUGGGCUGUCCUCCUCUCGAACUGUACCUGUGAAAUCCCCCAACUUAUCAGAAAUCAAGUUCAACAGUUUCAAUAACGCAGGCAUGCCUCCUUUUCCUAUUAUUAUUCGAGAUGAGCCAGCCUAUGCCCGCAGCUCCAAGAAUGCAGUUAAGGUACCUAUUGUUAUCAAUCCAAGUGCAUAUGACAACCUAGCUGUGUAUAAGAGCUUCUUGGGUCUCAGUGGGGAACUCCCACAGCCAAAAGGGGUAGGUGGUAGGGUAGCCAGCCAUACUUAUGAAGAGAUUGGGUCCUCUGAGAGCGUCCAGUCCUCCUCAACAGAGAAAACUAUUUCUGGGAGAGGCACAUCAGAGAGAGCCUCUUUAGAAGAGACAAAGGCUCUACCUGAAGCAGUGUCAAAAGCACCAAAUUUACAACCUAGAACCACUACAGACUCUAACACUGUGACAAACACUGUGAUGAGCUCCAUGGUUGGGGCCCUCUCUCCCACUACAUCAACAAAUUCCCCUGCCAUUCUUGCCAUUACUGCAAACCUACCUAAAACCAGCCCUACUGCCAAUGCUGUUACACGCACUUGCAAGACAAGUGGAGAUGCUACUUGCAGUAAAGAUGAUGAUGCAGACUUAUCUUUGUCUUCUGGGGCAGUGGUUAGCCACAGGGAAGAGGCCAGUGCUGUACUUUCACAGAUUGUGGCCUCCAUUCAGCCUCCCCCGUCUCCUCCAGAGUCACCCUCAGCACAAGGCAACACUUUCAGUUCUGAGGAGCUGUAUGCUCUCCCACCUGAUGCCAUGAAGGAGACGCUCACCCGACCCAAGUCGCUCUUUUCCACAACUGAUGGUUGUCUUUCUAAACCCAAGAAGGACACACCUUCAAAAGUUUUGUCUAAAUCCCAGAGUGCCUCUGCUGCUGUUCCACUUUCCAGCCCACGCUCUGAGCCCAAUGCCCCCUUCCCCCCACCAAGAUCUACAUCAUCCCCGUACCAUGCUUCAAAUAUCCUCCAGAGACAUUUCAGCAACUGGACCAAGAGCUCUGCCUCCAGUUCUCCUUUACGACCCAGUGAAGGUGACGGAAGUCCAGGUGGAGAGGGGAGACGUAUUUCAGCAGAAAGCUCCAAACCCAAACGCUGGAUCUCCUUCAAGAGCUUUUUCCGUCGGCGGAAAGAUGAGGAUGAGCAGAGAGAGAAGGUGGAGAGAGAGAAGGAGAAAGGCAAGCUGGUUGGGCUUGAUGGAACAGUCAUUCACAUUCUCCCACCGCCACCAAUCCAACACCAUCACUGGUUCACUGAGGCUAAACCAGAGGAUCCCACACAGAAGCCAACCAUCAUCUUCACCUACAAACCAGACAGUGGCAGCACCUCUGGUGACGGAGAAGGAGAACUACGAGUAGAGGAGUGCAGAGAAACUUCACAGCUGACACCUAAUGAGAGCAAAGAAUCCAGACCUUUGAGCCCAGGGCAAACACCACCCUCCCACAACACUGGAGCUGAUCUCAUCAGCAAGGACUUGAGCCAGGUACCAGUCAGUGCCAGCAAUGCCAGGGAUCGGGAGCUGCCCGGCGCCACCUCCCUGCUGUCUGCCAAAGUGAAUCUGGGGCUGGUGCUUGGGGAGGGCGAGGAGAGCCAUGCCAACCAGGUUGCUGCACCAGCUUCAGCCAGCGAAGGCAGCGCCAGCCUCGGAGAGCCAGAGGAGGAUGGGAAUCACUCCCAUCACUCCCACUCUCCCGCCUCCAGCCAGUGCAGUGCCACAUACAGCAACCUAGGUCAAUCCAGAGCCAACAUGAUCCCACUCAAACAACCUCGGAACAUCAAAGCAUCCAACGACACCUUGGCCUCCAUCGACCUGGACUGCCUCGCUGACCAGCCAGCCCCGAAGCCCACACCACCACCACUACCUAAGAAGGCUGUACCUCGCUCCAGUACUGAACCCAGUCUGGCAGGAAAAGAGCCAGUCCAGGGAGCCCUGAGACCUCGGGCUGAGGCUAAACCUGGAGGCACCAACCUCAGUGUGGCCAACCCACUGUACGACUUGGACUCCACCUGGGAGACAGCUAGUCAGAGCUCCUCUCUCAGCUCCGAGCCUCAUCGAGCCCACAACCAUGAAAGCGGUGACUCCCUAGAGAGGUCAUCAGCUUCCAUGGCUGCCAACAAAGGCCGCCCAACUAACAGCACACCCUCCCUGGUUCCUCAGCCUGCACCUGCUGCACCCAGUACCACCACUGGCAGAGAGAGGAGGGCCUACCCAAGUACAGAGUCUCUGGCUGGAAGGGGUCGGACGACAGGUCGAGGUGCUGCCGCUGGAGGAGGUGGCUCCAAACCCCAGAGACCUGCUCUUUACAGGGGUUUGGACAGCUGGGAUGAGGUGGUGGGGAGGAUCCGGGGUCUCCACACAGACACACUGCGGAAACUGGCAGCAAAGUGCGAGGACCGUUUCAUGGCUGGCCAGAAGGAUCACCUGAGAUUUGGCACUGACAGCUGGUCCCACUUUAGACUGACCACUGGGAAACCCUGCUGCGAGGCAGGAGACGCUGUGUACUACACUGCUUCCUAUGCCAAGGACCCACUAGUCAACUAUGCCAUCAAGAUCUGUCGGAGCAAAGUGAAGGAGACGCAGCAGCAGUUUUUCCACAGCCUCGCAGUGAGACAGAGCCUAGCCGUACACUUCAACAUCCAGCAGGACUGUGGACACUUCCUGGCUGAUGUCCCCACCCGCCUGCUGCCCUGGGAAGAGGAAGAAGAUGAUGAGGAGGAAGAAGAUGAGGAAGAAGAUGUAAGUGGGCGGAAGGAGAAAGAGAAAGAAACUAAAACAGAAUCCAAGACGACUGACUCCAAAGCUCCAAAUGGCAAAUUAGAUGAAACCCCAACAGCAGGUCACAUGAAUACUGCCGGCUGCUUGAGGAGCCGAGUGGUGGUCAUCACACGUGAGGUGCCCUUCCAGACGGUGGCCGACUUUGUCCGAGAAGGUGUGGCCCGACACACUCACAACCCAGAGCUGUACGAGCGUCAGGUCUGUCUCCUGCUGCUCCAGCUGUGCUCUGGCCUGGAGCACAUGAAACCUUACCACGUGACCCACUGUGACCUGAGACUGGAAAACCUGCUGCUGGUUAACUGCCAGCCCGGCAACCCAUGGAAUCUGGACUUACUGGAGCCCAACAACAACAGCAACAGCAGCAGCUCUGGUGCAACCUCCACCAGUGCUGCUACCGCUGCUGCCAACGCAACGUGCCCCGCCCGCCUCAUCAUCAGCAACUUCUCCCAAGCAAAGCAGAAGAGCACUCUCAUGGCAGCUGACCCUGGUACACUGCGCGACCAGUCACGCCUGGCACCUGAAAUCGUCACAGCUACUCAGUAUCGCAAAUGUGAUGAAUUUCAGACCGGGAUUCUCAUCUAUGAGAUGCUGCACCGCCCCAACCCCUUUGAGGAGACACCAGAGCUGAAGGAGAGGGAGUACACCUGGGCUGACCUCCCGCCACUGCCAGUCAGGUCACUCUAUUCGCAGGGUCUGCAGCAGCUUGCCAGGUUACUACUCACAGUCAACCCCUCUGAAAGGAUCCGGAUGUCCGAGGCCCGAGCCUGCCUGCAGUGCCUCCUGUGGGGCCCUCGGGAGGACUUGUUCCAGGCACUGGGCUGCAGCAGCACAGGCCCCAUGUCAGGGGCCACUGCCAGCCAGCGCGAGGCCACCCUCCAGAACUGGUUGGACCUGAAGCGGACACUAAUGAUGAUCAAGUUUGCUGAGCGCUCGCUGGACACGGCUUGCGGUGUGAGCCUGGAGGACUGGCUCUGCUGCCAGUAUCUGGCAUUCGCCACCACAGACACCCUGAGCCGGGUGGUACACAUCCUGCAGCAGCCGCAGCCGCAUCCUCAGUCACAGAACCAGAACCAGCAAGUACAUGCAGCACAGAACCAAACUCAAACCCAAACACAACUAGCACACUCCUUCCACCUGACUCAAUCACAGCCACUCUGAGUUCCUCUUCCCAGCUGUUACUAUGGCAACAGAUCCAACUUCCCUUGUGCAGUCCUUCUGCUGACAUUAAAAGUGUAAUGUAAGCUAAUAGUCAGCUUUGUUGUUGCAGCAGCCACAGGGCUCACCUAAAACUAAUCAGCUGGUUGUGCAAUGUCUGUGUUUUCUUCAUGGACAAAUCAAUCCACAGAGUGAGAGGCCGUGUUCCCAUCAAACAACUAGGCUUCACAAUCGAGAUUAUUCAUAGCACUCAGACUAACGACUGCAUGAUGGUAACAAGUCCAACAAAUGGAGUGGCUGUCUGACAUUGUUCUCAUAUAGCAAGUUGAUGUCAUUUUGGCUCUUGGGAGUGAACUGGCAGACAUCCAGUGAAUCUGUUUCUUUAGCUUUUCACUUCUCACAUGUUAUAACACAAAACAAGUACGAGAUUGAAUAGAAUUACCAACUGUGUGAGGGAUUUUUGAAAGACUACCGAGUUGUGACAUCAAGAUAUUAGAUACAGUUUGAAAGCCAGCUGUCUUUUGUGGUUUAUUUGAGACUGUGUCAAAUGGAAUACAUUUUAGUUUUUAUAGUAUUACACAUGAAUAUUUUACAGAAGUUUCACCAGACAUUUAAAGAUAUAACAGUUAGAUUUCUGGAGUGGAAACUUGAGAUAGCAUCAGAAAGUUUUAUCCCAAUUAGCAACAGCUCACUCUUGAAAAGACACAGAUACAAAAUCUUUGAGAAUAAAAAGAGAAAUGAAGGGAGAAUAUUUGAAAUGAAGGCAAUGGGGGAAAGGCCAAAUGACUAUGGAUGGAUUUGCCCUCUUUAAAAUCUUAUCAGGGUUAGAUUGCGUUUUCAUCUAGACUGAUGCAAAAGCAAAAUUGUUUUUCCACUGAAGCCAAAGAUUGACCACAAAUGGUCCAUUUGGAGAGUUUAAAGAUACUUUUACAAGUUUUUACCAGAGAGGUUUAUUUCACCUUAUUACAAAAUACAGUAAAAUAUGAUUUAACAGUACCAACAUUUAUUAUUGAUUAUUCCCAAUGUUUGCACACCUGAGACUCAGUUAAAUGUCACUCUUUAUGGUUUAAAAAGCCAAGCUACAGUUGAAUUAUAUUCCCUUAAAUGCUGUUGUAUCAUACCACACCUCUUAACAGGGCUUUGAAUGAGGUAGGCGAUGAACACUGAGCUAAUUUUGGCUUGGCUGCAGUUUUCGGAGAACAGUUAACAAGUUUUAGAUGCUUUGAAGUUAAAAUGGAACACAACUGCCCUGGCUGUCAGUUUGGUUUCUCCUCAGAGUAUGUGCAAUUAUUACCUUUGUUAUUUCCUUUUGGAGGUAACAGUGUAUGAACACUUUUAUGACAUUAUACAGCCUUUUACUAAUCCUCUCUUCCAUUAGUUUUGUGGCACAUAAACUGAUUUGUUUCAGUUAAAUCCUGCAACAUUAUAAACAAAGUGAUUUUCAGUGUGAAGAAUUUUUCACCGUUGAUGGGAGACAGGGAUGUUUCAGGGACUGCAAAAAAAGUUCUUUGUCUAUUGUGUUGUUUUUGUCAAGUUGUUUUUGAACGGUUCUGCGUUACAGAUGACAUUUGCACAUUCAGUCUGAACAUUUGCGCUCCUCCAUGGAGACUGAAGACAUGAUGAUGAUGAUGAUGAUGAUGAUGAUGCAGAUGCAGGAGAGACUGAGAAAAGUUCCUGUGAAUUUGAGGAACUGGAUUUGAUUUUGUUUUGCAGCGUGUGGAAUGUAAAAGUUUUGCCUGGACUGAAACAGACAUUUGGACCUGGUCUCAUCCACCUCUGAACGCGCUCAUCUUCCAGCUGAACCACUUUGUUUCACAGAUAAACUCUUUGUGGAAAAAAUCAACCAGAGCCUUGAAGAGAAUCUACUCAACCACUGAGACUUCCAUUCCUCCUGCCAUGUUUUCCGUCCUCUUGUAGUUAUCCGGUAGCGAUACGCCCUGCAUCGAUGCUCUGCGCUUGUCACUCAACAGAUCUGCUCUGCUUUAAUUAAAUGAGCUCUGUGUUAUUGAUCAGUACCCUCCUGCCUGGAGUCAGUGGAAGCAACAUGUGUACACAAACCUCAGCUUCCUCAGAAAAAUUAUUUUGAGUUUUAUGCACAUGGGUUUAUUUGUGGUUAUGAUGAACAAACACCUUGAAAAGCAUCUUUAACUCAGAACUAUACUCGGUUUACUUUCGUACAGAAUGUUCCCUUGAUACGCAUCCAGGUGGACGAUGUUUUCAAACUGACACUGCAAAAACGGCUUCGCAUCUACAAGUUUACUUUAUUUGCUCUGGUUACGUUUUUCUUUUCAUAUCCGAAAAACUGCAGCAGUUCAGCUUGUCACUUGCAGGGUGGGUGGGUAAUGUACUUUUGGGAUCAGGAUCCUGUGUUUGUUUUACUGCAGUUGUACAGUACAAGACUUAAUGGUCCAUGGAGUGAAAAUGAGACAAAGCAGGUGUGAGUUUGUUGCUGCGUUAAAGGGUUUGUGUACUAAGGAAUGUGUGUGGACAGCACUGGUGGCUGUCCUUGUAUUUAGAGAUUUAAGCCUUUAUAUAUUAUAUAUAGUAUAAAUAUAUAUAACCUUUAUCUAUUUUAAUCCACACACUAUUUUGUCGAGUAUGGAGCACCUCUAUUUCUGUCUUUAGAGUCUAAAUAUCAUUUAUUCAUUUUUAAAGCUUUACUUGACUUUCUUCAACCUCGCUUGUUUUGGGGGAAGAAAAAAAAGUGAGUAGUUAUCACUGUCCUAAACAAAGGAUUAAAAAAAAGGAUCGUAUUCUUCAAUUGCAUUAAUAUACAGAACAAUGUACAGUAUUUUUACCCCUCUUGUAAAAAAAUAAAUAAAUAAAAAAUUACCUGCUUAGGAGAUGAACCACUUUGAGAAGAGGCUGAAGGAUGAGUUUUGAACGCACCAUUAAAACGAGACAUUCAUCAAUUGUACGGCCUACAGCAAAUAUCGCUUUUUGUUCUCUCUCUCUUUGCUCUGGUUUUCUCUUUGCAUUGUUAAUUGCCACUGAACAGAAAAACAGAAGCUUUCUGAGGCUUUCUAUUAAUAUGUGUACAGUAUGUCUCCUGGCCUGCCGCCAUUUAUUGUUGAUCAAGUUAACCAACAGUAACAGAACAAUAAAUAUAUGUUUUUAUAGAUAAA